UUCAACCCUGGCUUCCACGAGGUGAUAGGGCCCGCUAGGACAAGCUCCGCCGGCGAUGUACGGCGCUUCCGACCCCGCCGCCGCGGAGCGCACGGCGUUCCGGCGGGCGGAGAAGCAGUACAAGCUAUACAAGCCGCCCAACCUCAAGGGCAGGUCCAGGUCCAGGAGCAAGCCGGCAGGCGUUGAGGGAGGCGGCCGCGGUGACCUAUCAGCGGUAGUCGACUUCCACGCGCUGCUUGCGGCCGAUGGGGAGCUGCCCGCCGGGAUCGGUCGGCGUGACUGCGCCGGGUUCGACCGCCCCGUGUUCUGCUUCUUGGACCGGCCAGGAUUCUAUUUCAUUCCUGGCGCUCUAUCAACUGAGGAACAAUGCUACUGGAUUAGGGAAAGCUUGAAAACAUUUCCACAGCCACCUAAUAGGACUAAUUUGACUGCUAUAUAUGGCUCAAUUUCUGACUUGUUCAUUGCUGCUAAAAAUCAAAAGAUCUUGGUUCAAGUGGAAAAUCCUGAUGUCCAAGAAAGAAAUGAACGGAAUAAUGGUGGAGGAAAAACACAAUCCAAAAUCUUCAAAUUUGUGGAGGCCUCAGAUGUCCAGAAGGGGGAAGAGUGUAGGUCAACCACAGCAACUGCUCUUGUGCGAAAGCUCAGAUGGAGCACCCUUGGUCUACAAUUUGAUUGGUCAAAACGCAACUAUGAUGUAUCACUUCCACACAACAAGAUUUCAGAUCCCCUAGCUAGUCUUGCCAAAAAUAUGGCUAUUCCAGCUAUGCCUUCUGGAGAAGAAUUCAAGCCAGAAGCUGCUAUAGUGAAUUAUUAUGGUCCAAGUGAUAUGCUCGGUGGCCAUGUUGAUGACAUGGAAGCAGAUUGGACAAAACCUAUUGUUAGUAUAAGUUUGGGCUGCAAGUGCAUCUUUCUUCUUGGAGGAAAGACAAGAGAUGAAGUUCCAACAGCAAUGUUCCUGCGAAGCGGUGAUAUAGUAUUGAUGGCUGGGGAAGCACGAGAACGCUUCCAUGGUGUACCACGAAUCUUCACAGAAAGUGACCAACAAGAAAUCUCUGCAGUGGUUUCACAACUAUCUGGUGAAGAGGACUGCUUUAUCUUGGAUUAUAUCAAGGAUUCCAGGAUAAAUAUCAACAUCAGACAGGUCUACUAAAGAUCGGAUUGAUUGCGACUUACACAUGAAAGAUUGGUGAUGAAUGUUGCUACUUCGCUGCAGUCCGGUCAAUUCACAGAGUACAGUGAUUCGAUAAGUGGCAUCUGGAAUAGGAAUGCAGGAUCAGAAGGGACGCAUCAAACUAACCACAAACGUAGCCUAUUGGGCAAGAAUUUUUGUAUAAUUUGGCAACCCAGGGAAGAUAUCAGACCUUUGAGCAGAAUUUACUGCUCUAGUCAAUUAGCCAUCGGUAGCUGAUUUCAUGAAGUUCCAUUUUCUGAUGUUUCUGUUAGGAUCUGAACUGUAACUCUCAUCGAGAGGAUGGCACUAGGAAGAGGGGGGUAAUUU